CACAAUGGAGAAGCUGGAGCAGAUCCAGCAAACCCUGAGCGAGAUAGAUGAUCGAACCCCCGACGCCCUCCGUGUCGCGUUCAGCCUCGGCCGCCGCGUCUCGCCCGCGCCAGCACCCGGAGAGGAAGACCGCGUCGCUAGCUUCGCCGCCUCCGUGCUGCCGCCGCCACCACUGGUGGUUUACGAGGACGCCGAUGCCAACGAUCCCGGACAACUCCACGAAGAAGUGCCUCUCGCGUCGACCUCCGAGGACGACGCUACGAAGCUGCUGAGGAUGGAGUGGGCUUCCUGCUAUCUCCCGGACCACGACGAAGACGCGCACUUCGGGCACGACGAGGCCGGCGUCCUCGGCGUGGCGGACGGCGUGGGAUCGUACCGCAAUCGCGGCGUGGACGCAGCCGCGUUCUCACGAGGGCUCAUGACGAGCGCCUUCAUGCACGUCCUGGCGAUCGAGCCCGGCACGCCCGUCUGCCCAUACACGCUGCUGGAGCGGGCGUACGACGAGACCGUCGCGUCCGCCGCGUCCGGAGCAUCCACGGCCGUCAUCCUCUCGCUAGCCGGCGCGACGCUCAGGUGGGCGUACAUCGGAGACAGCGCCUUCGCCGUGCUCCGGGGCGGCAACAUCGUGCACCGUUCGCGGGCGCAGCAAAGCCACUUCAACUGCCCGUUCCAGAUCAGUGCCGGCGGGAAGGGGGACAGCGUCGCGAAAGCGGACGUCGGCGAGAUGCCCGUGAGGGAUGGAGACGUCGUCGUGGCUGGGACGGACGGGCUGUUCGACAACGUCUUCGACAUGGAGCUGGAGCGGGUAGUUCGGAUGGGCACGGCGCACGGAUACUCGCCCAAGAACAUGGUGGACGUCAUCGCGGGCAUCGCGUACGAGAUGUCGCGGAGCCGAACGAAAGUCUCGCCGUUCAGCACUGAGUACCAGAAGCAGGCCGCCGGGGUCGGGUUCCACGGCGGGAAGCCGGAUGACAUCACCGUUGUCGUCGCCUUCGUUCGGGAUUUGUCAUGAUAUAUUUGUUUCAAUUUUUAUCACAGUUCGGUAAUCUUGCGCCCCGAAGAG